ACACACACACACACACACACACACACACACACACAGAGAGAAACAGAGAAGAGAGACAGAGAAGAGAGACAGAGACAGAGAGAGUGAGACAUAAACACAGAAAGAAACAGAGAGAGGUAGAGAGCAUCUGUUCAGUUCAUUCAGUGGCCAGACUUCAUCUCACAGACCAUGCAGACAAAAACUGAAUUGCCAAAAAGUUUGAGAAGAAUUUCGAGAAAGUCUGUGAUUAUACUAGAAUCUAGAUCCCUUUUCUUCCCCCCACCUUCUUGGAAAGAGGCCUGACAGGUUUGAAACUUCAUUCCUGUCUAUAAUCGAGACAUUUCUCCACAGUGACAACUUUCUCUCUAGUCUCACUAAAACAUCAGAACGAUUCAAUAAACUUUGCCAGUUCCUUUAUUUCCGGCUUUUCCUCUUUUCAUCUCUCUCUCCUUUCCGGUCUCUGUCUCUGGAAUAAACUGAAUGUAAGUUCCAACCAUAUGACACUUUUCAGAACAUUUGGGUACUUUGUUCUAACUUAAGAAAACAAAGGGUGUUACUUGACUCUACUCAAACCGGACAUGAGGGGCUCACCCUUUGCCACGGUUCUGUUCUACUCUCUUUCCCAAGGUAACAGGUGAAUAUCUCCAGACAUAACUUGUACCCCAUUAAGCCUCCACAACUUCAAUCAGCUGGUGAUUCUAAGAUCAGAUAAUUUCUUGAGGAGUUGGGGAGGGGAGAGUAAGUAGAUCUGAUGUAGAACAGAAGUACAGUGCCUGGUUCAUAGUGGGCACUCAGAGCUCUCAAAGAAUAAAGAACACAGUGUAAUGUAGCCAAAACAGAUCACGGAAUGCAAAGUUCCGUGCAUUUGUAGCAACAAGUACCAGAGUUUCAAGGCUUUAGACUCUAGUUGGCUUCUGGUAUAGCAGUGGUUCAUUGUGAAAGAGCUCCCUGGGUGCUUCGCUGGUAGAAACUUUAGGAGGCAGUAAAAACAGGAAGUUGGUCUACUCUGCCCACCUUCCGAGGUCCUCCUCCCUAUGCUCAAUGGGAUGAAACUUCCGGAAAGGGUUUCCAUCUUGUAACGGUUGUUUGAAGCCUGCUGUCUUCUUUCUCAGCAGCUCUCUUCAGUUUUUCAGCUCUAGACCACACAGAAGAACACAAUAAGAACAUUUGUGACAAGGUACUUCAGGACCUACCAUGGAAGAGAGAGUGAAGAUUGAGGAAUGAAACAUAAUUUGUCUCAGAUCACUCAGCGUGAGAAGGGCAAGAUGAGUCCAGGUCUGAAACUAACCCCUUCCGAAGAAGAAUGAGAUGCCGACGUAUUUUCCGACGGAGAUUUCUCAACUCGACUGAGUACAUCAGUGACACGAUGCGUACUUCAUUUUAUCACCAGCAAGAUGAAGAGCUAGCAAUGAGUAAUGCUCCCAUGUAUACUCGAAGAAGAUACACUCCAUAUGGCAUUCUGUCCCAUCAUCAAAGAAUCAAUUUACAUAAAUGGGACCAAAUGAAUGUUAAUAUGGAGGAGGGCGCAAAACCUCCAGAGAGAAAAAUGGAGAGAGACAAACAAGAUGACACUUCAGAGAACUGGUUCAAGGUCACAAUUCCCUUUGGCAUAAAAUAUGAUAAGAAGUGGAUGCUGAAUUUGAUUCAGAGCCAGUGCAGCAUCCCUUUCACUCCAGUUCAGUUUCACUAUGAAAAAAUGCAGGCCACUUUUUUUGUUGAUGAUCCCAACAUUGCCUUUAUGCUGAAGGCUAUCAGUGACAAGAUUCGAGAUGAGACUGAUAAUAAGAUAUCAAUCUUCAUCAGCCCCUGUGAUGAACCCCACUCGGUGACAGAGCUGAAAUCAGAAAAGAUGGAUCAAAAAAAGCUGACUAUGAACCAACAGUGUGAUACUUCUCAGCGCAUUCUUAAUAGGCAGAGACUCUCCUUUGACCAAGAUUUGACGACCUAUCCUACUGACUUGGUACUGAGUCCUAGAAGGUAUAUGACUCCUUCCUUGAAUAUCUCUGAAGAGGACGUGACCCAGGCAAACUCUGAAGGAAAGAUGGCCAAGGAACAAGCCUCAGACAUAGAAGAGAUAUGUGCAGUCAAAAGCUCUCUGAGUACUACCAUGCCGGAUAAGUCCAGUAACAUAAAUUCAAUUCUGGAAUUGUUUCCCAAGUUACUAAGCCUGGAUGGACAGGAGUCAUGUAAACCAGCUCUCUGUGGCCCUGAAGAUCAAAAGACCAUAUCAACGUACAAGAGAAGUUUUUUUGAAUCUGAGUCCAUAAAGACACUGGUCCUACAGUUCCUGCAGCAAUAUUACUUCAUCUAUGACAAUGGAGAUCGGGAGGGACUCCUCAAUGCUUACCACGCUGAUGCUUGCUUCUCAUUGACCGUCCCUUUCAGUACCAUGGACUUAUCCGCGAGCAGCGUGUGUGAGUACGUCAAGUAUAGCAGAAGUAUGAAGGUUCUCAAGGAUCCUUAUAUGCGGAAGCAGCUGCUAAAGCACAAGAAAUGUGACAUUAUUCACUUCCUUCGUGCAUUGCCCAAAACUCAACAUGACUUGACCUCCUUCUCGGUGGACAUAUGUUUCCAAACAGAAAAAACUCUCUGCUUCUCUGUUAGUGGGUUGUUCAAGGAAGUGGAGGGCAGCUCUCAAGGGUGUUUUCAUGCCUUCACUCGGAUCUUCGUUGCUACCUGGGACAAUUCAGACCUUUGUAUCAUCAAUGACAAGCUGUCUGUGAGGAAUGUCUAUGGGUUUCCCAGUGCCUCCAACGCUGUGGACACAUGCUCCUCCAGCCGUUUGCCUUCCCUCUCUCAAGAUCAACAGCAGAUGAUGCCAACAUUCUGUUCCCAGUCUGGCGUGAAUGUUGAGAGGUCUCAAAAAUGCCUUCAUGAUGACCAGUGGAAUUACAACAAAGCCAUACAAAGCUUUGCUUUGCUCAAGGUAAAGGACACGGUCCCAGAGGACAAGACCACCCAUACAAGUCCAAGAUCCUAAGAACAACACACCAAGAAGAAAUUCCUGAGAGUCACCAUCUUAUUUCUAUUUAUUUAUAUCAAAAAUCCCUGCUAGACUAUGGAGGAGUAGUGUAAAUUUCCAUGUAAACAAACUGGGGUAUCUAGUUUCACCCUAGAAGCCAAAGCCUAUCUUUUAGAGCAAGCACUCAUUGAGGAUUCAUGCUUCUUAUAUUUUCUUUUAUUAUAAGUUUUAUUAAUUUUGUUGAGCAUUUAGUAUUUGUAUAAUAUAUUCUGGUUCCUCUCACCCCUCACCCUGUCACAUCUUCUUCCUACUUCUGCUCAUGUUCCAACUUCCCUAUAAGCCCUUGUCUCGUAUUAAUGUAUUUUGAUUUGUAUUGGGACCACCCAGCAAAACAGGGCCGACUAUGUAACUAUGUGUUUGGAACUAUCCAUCGAGGUACCUGUGGGCACAUAGUUAAAGACAGUGACUGUCUUUCCCCUAGAAUUCUUCUGUAGCCAAUAGUUUAGCAGACAGAGCUAGAACCCUCACUUUGUGGUUGACUAAUGAGAGGCCUGGUCUUGUGCAGGCCCAGUGGAGGCAAUCUCAGUUGCUGUAAGAUUGCAAUAAUUGUAACAUGCUACGAAGAUACUAUUGAUGUUUCUGGUUAUGUUAAAUCCAUUCAAAGUCCACUGGAGAAAGAGCAUAUUAUGGGAAUGAGGACCUCCAAGGUAGUACUGCUACACAUACUGAAGUUCUAGACUCAACCAGAGGGUACAGUUCUGCUCCUGAAGCCUGUAUAGUUUCAUAGGUUGAUCAUCCUCUCUACACUUGUUCGAACUGAGUUCUGAGUGCCUAAAGUAUUAAUCGACUAUUUCAUAUAGAUAAUAUUCUUUUUUUAGCCAUACACAUUUAUUCAAAAUUAAAAACAGCAUAAUCGGUAGGAAAUAUCAUUAAAGAGCACAUAAAAGCCUAUGAAGAAAAACCAUCCCCUUAUAUGUGAUUGUCUUACUAUAACAAUCUUUGGUAUGAGAAAAUGAGAGUAAGGAAACUGUUACUGACUUUGUACUUAUAUUGAAUGCAAUAAUAUGCAGGAAACGUAGGAAAAUCUGUUCAACCACUAAAAUAAACAAAAGUCAUAAAUAUUGAGAUAAUUUAGAAAAGGAAAAUAAAGGUUAUUAUUUUAAGGGAA